AUGAACCCUCUUCAGAAGAACAAGAUCGACAUCAAGUCCUUGUCGCCCGAUGAGCAGCGACUCUUCCGCCUGUAUGGCAAGCUGCCCAGCAAGUCCGACCACUUCGCCAAGCACCUGAAGGACCGCAAGUACUUUGACAGCGGCGACUAUGCCAUGUCCAAGGCCGGCAAGGGCGACAGCGUCGACACUGGCUCCGUCGGCAGCCAGCAUCCCGUGCCCGAGAACAUCCCCCACCUCUCUUCCCCCAACGGCGCCAACAGCAACAGCGGCAUUCCCCUCCUGCCGCACCACAACAGCAUCAGCGGUGCCAGCGGCGCUCAGGCUGCCAGCCCCGUCAAGGAGAGCAGCUUCCUGAACCGCGAAACAAGCGCCGAUGAUGCCGAGGAGAAGACGAGCGAUGAGGCCAAGGCCCAGGAGGACCAAGGCAUUCCCAUCAGGAGAUAA